CUCAGUGCCGCCGCCGCCCGAGGUCUGGCAGGACCGGCCCAGCCUCGGAUGACGAGGAGAGAAGCGCGGGGAGGUCUGCCUUGCAGUAGACCAUGUGCAGGUAAUGCACAGUGAGAAACACUGGAGGCUAUGUCUGACGAAUCGAUUUCAGGGAGUGAUCCAGAUCUGGACCCGGACCUGGAGCCGGAGGAUAUGGAAGAGGAGGAGGAGGAGGAGGAGAUGACAGCGGUGGCCAUGGAGGAGGACAACGAUGGAGAUGACGAGGACGAUUUGCUUGACGAGUUUGACCAAUCCCAGGAAGGUGUUUAUGGCACUGAACACAUCCACCCUGGAGAAGAUGGGGAAUGGCAACGCUCCACUUCAACUACCUCAUCUCAGAGUGAGCAGGCAGAGCGACUAGGGAAGAACCAGCGCAAGAGCCUGACCUCUGAGGACACAAAAAAGAAGAGGGCUCAGAAACCUUCCCACAUGAGGAGGAACAUAAGAAAGCUGCUUCGGGAGGAUCAGCUGGAGGCAGUUACUAAGGCCGCCCAACUGGAAGAGUUGGAGAGAAGGAAGCGACUGGAGCAGCAGCGAAAAGACUACCCGAUCCCCAUUCCCCCUGUACCACUAGAAGACAUUGUAUUAAGAACAGGUGAUACUCCUCAGCUGCCCCCUCAGGUCUUAGCCCAGGAAGUGAUCUGCUUGGACAGCACCAGCAGUGGUAGUGAGGAUGAUACAAAGGGAGUACUUCAUAACAUGAAAGAUGAGGUGAUUGAACUCAGCUCAGGAGAGGACGAAGCUCUUCAGAUCGUGGACAGCAGUGAUUCUGCCAAUGAGGGGGAAGAUGAGGUGGCUGAGGAGAGCAGUGGAUCACAUGUGAACGAUGCCUUAAACCAGUCUGAUGCUUUGGGACAGGUCAUUGUCAAUAUCAACCAUCCCCCCAAUGAGGAGAAUAUCUUCCUGGCGCCUCAACUAGCAAGAGCAGUGAAACCUCAUCAGAUUGGCGGCAUCCGGUUCCUGUACGACAACCUGGUGGAGUCACUAGAAAGAUUUAAAACCAGCAGUGGUUUUGGUUGCAUUUUGGCUCACAGCAUGGGCCUAGGCAAAACUCUGCAGGUGAUCUCCUUUUUGGAUGUCCUCUUCCGACACACAGAAGCCAAGACUGUCCUUGCGAUUGUACCGGUGAACACCCUCCAGAACUGGCUUGCAGAGUUCAAUAUGUGGCUACCUGCGCCUGAAGCACUUCCUCCAGACAACAAGUCUGAAAUCAUGCAGCCACGCUUCUUCAAAGUACACAUCCUGAAUGAUGAACACAAGACGACAGCUGCUCGGGCCAAGGUGGUGGCUGAUUGGGUGACGGAGGGCGGGGUGCUACUGAUGGGGUAUGAAAUGUACCGACUCCUCUCCCUGAAGAAAUCCUUUGCCGCGGGCAGAAAGAAGAAGACCAAGAAACCAACUGGUCCAGUAAUUAUCGAUCUGGAUGAGGAGGAUCGACAGCAGGAGCUCUUAAAAGGGAUCGAGAAGGCCUUGGCCCGCCCUGGUCCCGAUGUGGUCAUCUGCGACGAGGGGCACCGGAUCAAGAACUGUCAUGCUAGCACCUCCCAGGCACUGAAAAAUAUUCGGUCACGCCGGCGGGUAGUGCUGACCGGUUACCCCCUCCAGAACAACCUUAUUGAGUACUGGUGUAUGGUGGAUUUUGUUCGCCCAGACUUCCUGGGCACCCGGCAGGAAUUCAGCAACAUGUUCGAGCGCCCCAUCUUGAACGGGCAGUGUAUCGACAGCACCCCACAGGACGUUCGGCUCAUGCGCUACCGUAGUCAUGUCUUGCACAGUCUGUUAGAGGGCUUCGUUCAGAGACGAGGCCACAGUGUGUUGAAAGUACAACUUCCCUACAAAGAAGAGCACGUGAUCCUGGUGCGACUUUCCAAGAUCCAGCGGGCUUUGUACACAGAGUUUAUGAACCGCUUCCGGGAUGCUGGGAACAGCGGUUGGCUGGGACUUAAUCCUCUUAAGGCUUUCUGUGUUUGCUGCAAGAUAUGGAAUCACCCUGAUGUGCUAUAUGAAGCCCUGCAGAAGGAGAACAUGGCCAACGAACAGGACCUGGAUGUGGAUGACCUUGGCACAGCAGGGAACAACACCCGUUGCCAGUCCCAGGGGAUGAAGGUCAAAGCCGAGAGCCACACCUUGGGCGCUCCUGUAGGAGAGGCCACCAACAGCAAGUUUCUGCAGGGGGUUGGCUUCAACCCCUUCCAGGAGCGAGCCAACCAGGUCGUCACUUAUGAGUGGGCCAAGGACAUUCUGUGUGAUUAUCAAACUGGAGUCUUGGAGAACUCACCCAAGAUGGUGCUGCUUUUUCAUUUAAUCGAAGAAAGCGUGAAGCUUGGAGACAAGAUCCUAGUGUUCAGCCAGAGCCUGUCUACCCUGUCUGUCAUCGAGGAGUUCCUGGCUAAGAGAUCAGUGCCCUGCCUGCCCGACUCAGAUGGGCCAGGAAUUCAGAACUGGGUCCGGAACCACAACUACUACAGGCUAGAUGGCAGCACCUCAGCCUCAGAGAGAGAGCGAUUGAUCAACCAGUUCAAUGACCCCAGCAGCAGCUCUGUUUGGCUCUUCCUCCUUUCGACUAGAGCUGGGUGUCUGGGAGUCAAUCUGAUCGGUGCCAACCGCGUGGUGGUGUUUGAUGCCUCCUGGAACCCCUGCCAUGAUGCCCAGGCAGUAUGCCGUGUAUAUCGCUACGGUCAGAAGAAGCCUUGUCACAUCUACCGCCUGGUGUCUGACUUUACGCUGGAGAAGAAGAUCUAUGACCGGCAGAUCUCCAAGCAAGGCAUGUCAGAUCGGGUAGUGGAUGAUUUGAACCCAAUGCUGAACUUCACCCGGCGGGAGGUGGAGAACCUGUUGCACUUUGUAGAAGAAGAGCCAGAUCCUACACAACUAGCACUGAAUACAAGCAAGAUCAAGGAAUCUGUUUUACAGUUUGCCUGUCUCAAGUACCCUCACCUCAUCACCAAGGAGCCUUUUCAGCAUGAGUCACUGCUGAUCGACCGGAAAGAGCACAAGUUGACUAAGGCAGAGAAGAAAGCUGCAAAGAAGAGCUAUGAGGAAGAGAAGCGAGCGUCCAUCCCGUACACACGCCCAUCCUAUGCUCAGUAUUACCCUGCGAGUGACCAGAGCCUGACUAGCAUCCCUGCCUUCAGCCAGAGAAACUGGCGGCCAACCCUGAAGAGUGACGACAAACCAGUAGCCAGCGUCCGCCCUGUGCAGUCCACCCCUAUUCCCAUGAUGCCUCGGCACGUCCCACUGGGCAGCUCAGGGACAGCCUCAGUAUCCAACCCAGCCAUCAACUUCCCCAUCAACUACCUGCAGCGGGCAGGUGUCCUUGUGCAGAAGAUCGUUACCACCACAGAUAUCGUAAUUCCGGGAACAAACAGCUCCACGGAUGUACAGGCAAGGAUCAGCGCUGGCGAAAGCAUUCAUAUCAUCCGAGGGACAAAAGGGACAUAUAUCCGGACCAGCGAUGGACGGAUUUUUGCCAUCCGAACAACUGGAAAACCAAAGGCUGAUGAAGACCGUCGGACAGCUGCCUCAGGAUCCCAGGGUCCAUCUCUCGAGUCCACGAGCAAUGGCAGACACAGUGCCUCAUCGCCCCAACCCCCCAACACGGAGGAAUUAGCCCGGCCCAUCUCUCCUGACAGUCCUGAGAUCAUCAGUGAGCUGCAGCAGUACGCGGAGGCUGCUGCCGCCCGUGAAUCCCAACACAGCUCGCCCAGCACCAACCCUGCCCUUUCCGGCCACCCGAUCCGGCUCACGGACGGCAAUGCGGUUCCCGGGACUGCUAGGGGGGCCGAGCCUCAUUUGGGGGGCCACUGUCUAGCCCAGCAUCUCCCCAUCCCCCUCCCAGCUUCAGACCAUGCCGGCGACGCUCACCCAGUGCUGGACUUAAGGGGCAACAAGCGCAAGUCCGCCUCCCCCGCCACCGCCGAGGAGCCAGCCUGCCGGCCGUCCAAGAAGUGCCAGCUGCCAGUCCCUGUGCAGCCAUAUGAACACGGGUACCCAGUUUCUAGCGGGUUUCCCCUGCCCUCCGUCUCCUUAAACCAUAACCUCGCCAAUCCCUUUGCCCCCCAGGCGGGGAACUCCUUAUACAUGGGCACUGGCUCAUCCUACUACCAGCUGCCUAACCUGCUGGCAGACCCCCACCUGGUUUUCCCAGUGACUACUGACCCUCUUCUGCCAGCCGGCCCCGUCAGCUCAUCCGCUGCUGCUACCUCAGUCACCGCCAGCAUCCCCUCCUUCAUGCUGAAUCCCCCUGUGGCAGGGGUGCUGCCUAACUACCCGCUUCCCUUCACGCAGUCACUCCUGCCCGAGCCCAGGAUGUUCGCGCCCUUCCCGUCUCCUGUUCUGCCGGGCAGCCUCCCCCGAGGCGUGUCUGUCUACCCCGGCUACAUGUCCCCCCACUCGGGCUACCCUGCUGGGGGCCUCCUGCGAUCCCAGGUGCCUCAGUUUGACUCCCACGAGGUCUCGGAGGUAGGGUGCAGCUCCAACGAAGAUGAGGAUAAGGACGAUGAUGUGAUUGAGAUCACGGGGAAAUAG